AGAGCAUGCGCUCAGUUUGUUGGGAGUUGUGGUCCGGUUGCCCCCCCCAGCACAAAAGGGAGCGUUGCAUGCUGGGACUUGUAUGCCUUUAAUAUCGGACUUGACCUGAUUAGCUCCGAGACUCCUAGAGAAAAGGGAAAGAGAUUCAAGUUGUCGCGAGAUUUAGUUGUCAGUCCUCAGGCGGCGUGGCUGCGCACGUUAUUGGUGCCAGUCUUCCCCAACUCCUCUUGCACUUGCUUUUGCACCCUUGCUGAAACUUUGUCUGAAGGUUUUGCGUUCGUCAUGGGCAAAGCCAGGGGGAAGGCCCUGGGGAGCCAGGCAGGAGUCCAGAGAGCCAAACCCCCCGCUAACUCCAACCCCUUCGAGGUGAAGAUCAACCGGCAGAAGUUCCAUAUCCUCGGAAGGAAAACCCGCCACGACGUGGGCCUGCCGGGUAUAUCUAGAGCUAAAGCCAUCAAGAAGCGUACACAAACCCUACUAAAAGAGUAUAAAGAAAGGGACAAGUCUAAUGUAUUUACAGAUAAACGCUUCGGGGAAUACAAUACUAAAAUAAGUCCAGAGGAAAAGAUGAUGAAGAGAUUUGCUCUAGAACGACAGCGAAACAAUGAAAAGAAAAGCAUUUAUAAUCUCAAUGAAGAUGAAGAAUUAACUCAUUAUGGCCAGUCUUUGGCAGAUAUUGAAAAAUUUAAUGACAUUGUUGAUAGUGACAGUGAUACUGAAGAAAGAGGAAUGUUAUCUGCUGAGUUAACUGCUUCCCAUUUUGGUGGAGGUGGUGGGCUCCUUCGUAAGAAAACCUCUGAACCUGGAGAGGAAGAAGAGAAGCCAAAGUCACGCAAAGAACUUAUUGAAGAACUCAUUGCCAAAUCAAAACAAGAGAAGCGUGAAAGACAAACUCAACGAGAAAAUGCCCUUGAACUCACUGAGAAAUUGGACAGUGAUUGGAAAGAAAUCCAGUUUUUGCUAUCUCACAAAACCCCCAAAUCAGAAAAAAAGGAUAAAGAAGAGAAACCUAAGCCUGAUACAUAUGACAUAAUGGUCCGUGAGCUUGGAUUUGAAAUGAAGGCACAGCCCUCAGACAGGAUGAAGACUGAGGAGGAAUUGGCCAAAGAGGAGCAAGCACGACUCAAAAAGCUGGAGGCUGAUAGACUACGCCGGAUGCUCGGAAAGGAGGAUGAUGAAAAGAGUAAGAAACCAAAGCACAUAUCAGCAGAUGAUUUAAACGAUGGCUUUGUUCUGGAUAAAGAUGAUCGGCGUUUACUUUCUUAUAAAGAUGGGAAGAUAAAUCAAGAAAUAGAUGACCCUAAUGAGGAGGGAAAAGCCCAAGAAGAAGACAGUGAAGGGGAAGAGGAUCAACAGCCAGAUACUGAGGAUUCAGAAGAAAGUGAUGAUCCAGAUAACCAUUCUGACCUUGAAUCUAAUGAGGCCAGUGAGGAAGAAGACAUUGAAACAGAGAAUCAAAAGAAAAAGCAUAUCCACGCACCUGAAAAAAAUCCAAGUGGUGGCAACCAAAAAGCAAUGAUAGAAGCUGCUAGAUCUGAGCUCCCAUAUACAUUUGCUGCUCCUGAUUCCUAUGAGGAACUUAAGUCUUUGCUGUCAGGAAAAUCAACAGAACAGCAGCUUGUGGUGAUAGAGAGAAUCCAGAAAUGCAACCAUCCAAGUCUUGCUGUGGGAAACAAAGCAAAAUUACAAAAACUGUUUGGCUUCCUUUUGGAGUACAUUGGGGAUUUGGCUACUAUGACUCCACCAGAUCUAAAAACUAUUGAUAAAUUAAUUGUGCAGUUGUACAAUCUUUGCCAGAUGUUUCCUGAAUUUGCAAGCAGCUCUGUUAAAUUUGUCCUCAGAGACGUUGUGCAUGAAAUGGAAGAAAUGAUUGAAAUCAAAGGCCGUGCAGCAUUUCCGGGAUUAGACGUGCUCAUUUAUUUGAAAAUUAUUGGAAUAUUAUUUCCAACUUCUGACUUCUGGCAUCCUGUAGUAACUCCUGCCCUGGUGUGCAUGAGUCAAAUACUGACCAAGUGCCCUGUCAUGUCACUCCAAGAUGUCAUCAAAGGACUGUUUGUGUGCUGCUUAUUCCUGGAAUACGUCUCUUUGUCCCAGAGAUUUGUACCUGAACUUAUUAACGUCCUUGCAGGGGUGCUUCACAUGGCAACUCCCAACAAAGCUACUCGAGGUUAUACUCUGGUGCAUCCUUUCAAACCACUAGGAAAGAAUUCUGAACUGCUCCUGGUGUCUGAGAAAGAAGAUAUGGACACAUGGUCCAAGAAGGGCCUCCCCCUUAGUAAGGUGAACGGAUUAAAGGAAGGCAGUAAAUCUGAGACAAAUCAUAUCAGAUUAUCCUGCAUAUGUGUAUGUUUAAAUCUCAUUAAACGCUGUUUAGCUAUGUACAAUACCCUACCAUCUCUUCCUGAAAUAAUGGAGCCCAUCAGAGUCCUCCUUACUGAUCACAUUCCAGAGUGUGGAUACCCCAGAGAGCUGCAGGAGCUGUCCCAAAGCAUAUUACAAGAAAUGGGAAACCGAGAAGAAACCUACCAGCCUCUAGUCUGUGAAAAGAGUAAGCCAGUGCCGCUAAAGAUGUUCACACCCAAAUUGGUGAAAGUCCUUGAGUUUGGAAGAAAACAAGGGAGCAGUAAAGAGGAACAAGAAAGGAAAAGACUAAUUCAUAAGCAUAAACGGGAAUUUAAAGGAGCUGUCCGUGAGAUUCGCAAAGAUAAUCAGUUCCUGGCUCGGAUGCAACUUUCAGAAAUCAUGGAAAGGGAUUCUGAACGAAAACGAAAAGUAAAGCAACUUUUUGGGAGCCUAGCUACCCAGGAAGGCGAAUGGAAGGCCCUAAAGAGGAAAAAGUUCAAAAAAUAAGUUUUUUUAUGAGUAGAAAAGAAUUUCUUUUAUAUUUGUACAUAAGCCAAGACUGUUCUGAAUUCCCAGUGAAUUUUGUAUCAAGGUUCCAUGGAAUAGAGCCCCACAUCUCCACUCAUUGUGCAAAUACAGACUCUUACCACGCAUGUUGGGGCAUUGCUGUAAUCAUGUCAAUUCCUUAAUAGUUAAAACGCAAAUGACUUUUGGUAUAUUUUUGUAGUUUAAUAAAACCUUAUCCUGGGAGUGGAAGAAAACUGGUUAAUUUUUAACUUUUGAGUUAGUGGAGAGACUUAAAUGAAGGUUAAGCAGCUCAAGUGCACUCAGACCCUCAUGUCCUUAGAAAGUCCAGAAUGUGGAGCUCAGACCUGGCCCUUGUAGGGUCUCUGAAUCAUAAUGCCAAACAGUGAUUUUUGGUGUAGAAUCCUCUCAGUUUGGACAGAGCGGGGCUGACAGUUGUUUUUUCACAUAAAUUCCUGAGACCAGCUUCUUGUUGUCUGGGGCUUUCACACCAUUUUAGAAGAUAGAUUCCAUGAUUGUGGAAUCUUGGGGUCUCCAGGUAUCACCUAUAGCUGUAGAAGAAAAGGAUGAGAACUGAGAGAUCACACUCGACACUUGCUGUCAUAUAGCUAGAGCUCUGCUUCAGGUGUUUGGAUUUAAGGAACAGGCAAUGCUUGCUCAUAGAGAGCCAGCAAACAUUUACUAAGGGCCCACCAUGGACCAGGCUCUGUGCAAGGAAUGCCAGGAGGACAUGUGCCAGCCUUUGACAUGGCUGCCUAAGUCCCUGGGUCCUGAGCCAUACAUCAUGCCACUUCCAGGACCCAAGCAGAGGUUUACAAGACUUUAUAGCCCUUUACAAGUGCUGGAAAUAAACCCAUUGAAUAUACAAGUCAAGAGAUAAACCAGUUGAAGAUACACUUUGGGAGAUACAAUUCCUUUCAGGCAGUCACUUCCUUUUUGGACAUUUGUCCUUCCCGUCUGACCAGGCUUCCUCAAAGAGAUUUCUCUGGGUGGUUCUGUGUUUUUCAGGAAAGAAUGGCCAAGGAGUUCUUGGUCUCUAUCCAACACAGGUCCAGAAAAGUUAUGCUUUAUUGUAGCAAGAGAUAGGAUCUCUGGAUCCCUGGAGGUUUCUUUGUAUUAGGUAAAUUCUCAAGCCAAUCAUCCUCCUUGAAUUCCUUGCUAAAUAUUUUUAUUUUUCAUUUUUCAAACUUUAGAUAGUACCUGUUGCUAUAAGACCAUAAAGUUUGAGCCAUCCUAGGCCUCAGUUUUUUCCUCUGCCAAAUGGAGUUAAAUUAGAUGGCCUGAUUACAUGAUUUCUAAGCAAUGUCCUGCUCUCAAUCUAUGAGAAAGAUUCAAAUGGCACAGAAGAAAGCAUUCCAGCUAGGAGGAAAGUCAUAGGCAAAGGCACAGGGACUGGAAUAUGCAUAGUGUGUGAAGAGGGACUCAAUCUGUCUAAUCUGGUUAGUGGGGGAGGAAUAAGGGGCAAAAGCAUCUUGGGGCCUGACUGGAGAAGACCUUGAAUGCCAAAAUGAGCAGUCAUCCCUGGAGUGAGUCCCAGGAAGGAACUCCUCACCUCAGUACUGAGUACAAAGCAACCCUGUUAUAUUUCUGGGGCUCUGUUUAUUUUCUCAGCUUUCACUUUUCUAAGUGGAGAUGCUCACAGCUCACAGAAAUUCCUGCUGUCUGAAAUGUCCACAGCAUCAAGGAAUCAGAAGGAAAAAACCAUUUAGGAUUUCAGUGUCCCUUUACCUUUGGCAGAGCUUCUGAAAUAAAGGCUGGCUCUGGCACUGCCCUCCUUGGCCAUCCUCCAUUGUAACUGAGUUUCGUCUGAGGCUGGGAGUGGGAACUCAAAUGCCUGACCCAGCAUUCCCAUGGCCUGAACAUUUCUUCUACCAUAACCCAAAUGAAGGGGAGAGAAAUGAAUGAAAAAGCAGAACAGUCUGAGCCCCUGUCAUAUAUAAAAAGCCCCCAAAUCAUGCCUGAGAUUUAGAGAUUAUUAUCACGAGGCAACUUAUGUUUCCUACAAUUGAAUCUGAAAAUCUGGAUGAUAGUGAGCCUCUGGACAACCAAUGAAACUGGCUUAGGAACCAUUUACCCUGAGAUGGAUUCAGUCUGGCUCUCAGUCCAUUGGGCUCCAUCGUCCAUUCCUUCUCAUUCAUGUUUUCCUCUUAACAUGAUUGUACUUGGCGUGUACCCCAUUCUUUAUUAUUUUUUUCACAUUGUAUUUAUAUCCUUAAAGGUUUUUCUCGUGCUUAUCAGUGAGUGCCAUUAUUCCAUUACAUCAAUAUGUUGUUUUUCAGUCAUGUCUGACUCUUGUGUGUCUCCAUUUGGGGCUUUCUUGGCAGAGAUACCGGAAUGGUUUGCCAUUUCCUUCUCUGAGGAAACAAAGGCAAACAGGAUUAAAUGACUCACCCAAGGUCACACAGCUAGGAAGUAUCUGAGGCUGAACUCAGGUCUUCCUGACUCUAGGCCUGGCACCCUAUUCACUGUGCCACCCAGCUGCCUUUCUGACAAUAUGCCACCAAGAAGUUCCCCAGUCCCCCUUAAGUGGCUUCCUGUUCUUUAUGAUUGCCUACAGUGCUGCUGUGAAGGAGCUCACUCAAAGGAUGUCUCAUUUUUGGUUUGUUUUUGAUAACACUUUUAGGGUCAGUUUUCUGUAGGAUUAUUAAGUCCAUACAAGUGGUUUGACAUGUUUUUGAGAUCUCGCUUCCCUACGUAUGGUAUUACCUCCAUUUAAUAGGUAAGAUGAAGUCCAGGGAAGGAAAAGGUUUUGCCCUAGGGCAUACACAUAACAGACAUAAAGGAUUUUGCAUGAAGUUAUCGAUCUCCAUUUCAUACUGAUUGCUUUCAAAACUAUCCUGUUUGACAUUUUCUGAACUUCCUUUUUUUUCUCUCCUGUACAUUAAAAAAAAGUUAUGACUCUUUAUUUUUAAAAUCAUUAUUGCUACCCUUUCCAAAUGAAAAACUGAAAAAAAUAAUAAGUAGAAAAAAUAAUUUUUGCAAGAAAUAAGUUUAGUCAAGGAAAAUGAAUGCACAAUGACCAUGUCCAAAAAUGUACAGACACCCUGUGCCCAUCAACUCUCUCAGGAGGUGGGUAACAUGCUUCAUCCUUGGUCCUCUGGAUACAUGGUUGGUCACUGCUGAGAUCGGAAUUCUGAAAUCAUCCAAAGUUGUUUUUCCUUUAUACUGUUCUUUGUAUAAAUUAUUCUCUUGGUUAUGCUUAGUUAACCCUGUUCGGUUCUCAUUGCCCAAGGAUUCUAUGAAGUUGUCCCUUGUGUAAUUUCUUGUGGUGCAAUAAUAUUGUUACAUAAAUAUACCAGUUUGUUCAACCUUUUUUCAGUUAUCUAAGAGACACACUAAGACUACACUGUUUCUUUGCUUUUCUUGCCUCCCAUUUGCACUCUCUUUCAAUUCUCCUUCAGGAUCAAGUUUUGUCUCUUUUUGAUCAUCCUCCCUCUUAGCCUCAAUCUUCCCUAUUCCCUGCUCGUUUCCCUAUUAAGUUUGAUGUAUUUCUCCACUAAAAUGAGAUGUCUCUGUCUCUUUCAAAUAAAAGUGAGGUUACUUCAUUGAUAGUCCACUCCCCCGUUCCUUUCUCCAUGUUUGUAUACUAUUCUUAUAUACCCUAGUCUAUAAUGGGGAUUAGGGAACUUCAUUAUAUACUGUUCUUAUAUACCCCAAUUAUAACAGCAAAUCCCAACCAUUCAUCCCCUUUCUAAUGUAUUCCUUUCAAUGUCCCUUUUUUUUCUCUCCAGGAUCUCAAAUUAAAUUCAAUCCCACCCAUGAUCUCUGCUUUUCUCCCUUACUAAAUUCCCUUAAUAUCUUUUAAAGCUAUUGAUUCUGAAGAACUUUAGUCCUUCUCUAUUAGAAAAUUAGCAUUCUACAUCAUCAUACAGUUUCUUCUAAUUGCUCAAAUAAAUUUGCCUUUCUAGGUUUUUCUGGGUUUCUUGUGCUUGUAUUAUAAAGAUAUUAGUCAGUUCUGAUCUUUUCAUUAGAAAUUAUUGAAAGUAUUCUAUUAAAAAUUCAUUGUCCCCUUGUAGGAAAAUACUCAUUUUUGCAGGGUUGUUUUGUAGUUGUGAGCUUAUUUCUUUUGUCUUUUAGAUCAAUGUAUUCUAAGAUCUUCUUUUGUUUUUAGUAGAGGCUAUUGAUCUUGUGUGAUCAUUUCAUUAGUAUUUGAAGGGUUUGUUUCUGGAACCUUUGUUGUUUGGGGGUUUAUGCCUGAAGCAGGAGGGGAAACUGGAUUUUGAUAAUGAUAUACAUGAGACUUUUCCUUUUGAAGUUUCUUUCAGAUUGUGGGGGUUUUUUCCAUCUUAAUUUUGACCUCUAGUUUUAAUAGAUCUGGGUAGUUUGCAUUUAUGAUUUUUUUAAAAGUAGUGUUUAAAAAAUUUUUUUAUGAUUCUUUUUCUAGUUCACAAUUUACAUUUUCUUCUAUUUUUUCAAUCUUUUGGUUUUGCUUUUAAUAUUUCUUCUUGCCUCGUGGAAUUUUUCUAUGUUCUAGUUUUCAGGGAUUCUAUUUCUUGGAUAAUCUAGUUUUCCAGUUUCCAAGCUUCUUAUUUUCCUUCUGAUUCUUUCCACUAGACCUUUUCCUACUUUAUUUUUUAACCUUGCUUUAUUUAUUUUAGGUAUUCAUAUGGUAUCUGUGAGAAUUCCCUUUGAGUUGCCAACAAGUAUUAAGGGUCUCUUAAAUGUCAGGCAUUAUGCCAAGUGAUGGAGUUAUUUGCCCUUUAUUUUAGGGGACCUUCAGAGUCCAAUGGCUGGGAGUCAGGGGAUCUGGGGUUCUAGGUGGGCUCAGUUUCCUGUGAAGCAUUUGAUUUCAUUCUUUCCCCAAGGCCCACAGAAACCUAGGCUUUUAUUUAGUCAUUUUUCAGGCACGUCUGACUAUAAGAUGGCAAACUCAACCACAUAUAUGCCCAGGGCGAAGGCUACUUACUCCCUCUCCCUCAGCCUAACAAAGGCAUACAGAGAUGACUGAGAAGGGAACACACUGGGAUAGAAAGGACACAGAACUAGGAACGAGAAAAAGCUUCCUUACAAGAAAUAUAGUGACAAAAAAAUAAUAGACCUUUCAAUGCCAAGAAUACCAUUCGGCUAUUAUCAACAGAUUAUAAAUUGUGGGGUUUGAAUGACUGGGAUUAUGUGCAAUAAUCAAGGACCUCCUUGCCCAUCACGCUGGGAUCCUGCCACCCGAGAGUGUCUGGCUGUAGCACUUUCAGAACUUGUCCAUACAGAUCUGUGGAGCACCAUCUUGUCUGUACAUUGAGGAAAACAGGAACUCCUGGAGGAGGACCUCCCUGCCUGUGUUCAUCUCUGUGUUGCUUAAAGAAACUCAAGAUCACAUCCUCAGGGCACCAUAGCAAAAGAGACCUAGCCAAUACAGGUCCAUUAGGCUUUUUUUCCCCUUUUCCCCUUAGAACAUUGCUCUGAGGAACUUCCUUCUUUUCUUCUACCAGUUCAAAACCAAAGAAGGUACAUGAGAGAAAAAAAGGAAGUUCAGAAAAUGUCAAAUAGGGUAGUUUUGAAAUGGAGAUCAAUAACUUCAUGCAGAAUCCUUUAUGUCUGUUAUGUGUACGUGAAUUCUCUUUUUAAGUUUUCAUUGAGAAUUUUAUUUUUUAAACAAGAGUCAACUAUGGACACUGUGCUAGGUAUUGGUGAUGUAAAGGUGAAAAAUGAUGCACAAUUCUUAUUGAUAAUCAAAAGAACUUCCAGUUUAAAGGAGGAUAUAAUGUAUACACCUAUAUAUGAUGUAACAUGAACAAGAAGCUACAGACCAAAAAAUAUGAGAAGAGAGAGAAAUAGCUGGUGGCACAAGGAAUAGGGUCCUGAGCUCUCUUUCCUGAAUCGGGAAGACCCAAGUUCAAAGGCAGCCUCAGACAUGUCCCUGGGUAAGCCACUUAACUUCUAUUUAUCUUUGUUUCCUCAACUGAAAAAUGGGAAUAAUAGCACCUACUUCACAACAUUGUUGUAAAGAUCAAAUAAGAUACUAUUUGUAAAAAGUUCUUAGCACAAUGAUUAGUGCUUAAUAGAUGCUUAUUAUUUCCUUCCAGCUUGAGAGGGGUCAAGGAAAGCUUCAUGGAGGAAAUGAGCCUUGAAGGAAAAGGAUAUUAAUAAGUAAAGAUACAGAGAAGAGAGGGUCAUAGAAUGGUUAGAGAUCAUUCCUCAAAACCCGAAAGACUUAGCUUCACGUUCUGUUUCUGAGAUCUACUGAUUGUGGGACCAAAGGGAAUUCACUUGACUAAGUCCAAAAGUGACAGAGGAAGUUUCAACCUGGGUAUUCCUGCAACUCCCUAUGUCAAUGAGAUCCAGAGCCACUCUACCUCUAAAAAAACAUUGAGAAUAUAUGAUCUAGGAAUGAGUGAUGUGAGUUCAUGCAAGUCCACCAGAGGGCAGAAUGAGACCAGGAAAUCCCUGCUAAUCUGGGCACCCCCACCCCAUCCACUUCCCCAAACAACUACCUCUACCAUAUUUGCAGAAACAACUACCUCCACCAUAUUUGCAGAGGCUAUAUCCAUCUCUCUCUCUCACACACACACACACACGGAGACUAAGGACAUGAUGAUGAUGGUGAUUGGAUGGAAAAUCAUCAAGGUGCAGAUAAGAUGCCAAGAAGCUCCAGGCACAGCUGCCAUCUUGCUCUCUCCCACUUUUCUAACAUUUCUCUUUCCUGACUCAAGCUGGAAACUUCCCAGCCUUCCAAGCCUCUCACUUAGUAAAUAACUAAACUGUGUGGUCAAGAGUGCAAUUGCUAAAUUGAAGCAUUUUUUUCUGCUUUAUUUUUCUUGCUUUUUUGGCAACAUGGCAACAAGUUUUUGCAUGAUCUCAUGUAUGAAAUGAUUGUCAUAUUGUUUGCCUUCUCAAUGGGUGUGGGAGGGAUUCCAGGGAAAGAGAAUCAGAAACUCAAUAAAAAUGAAUGUUAAACCUCUAAAAAGUCCAAUUGCUCAACAAAGUCAGAGGAAGGAGCCUUUGGUAUUAAUUGGAGUCUUUGAAAAGGCAUCAUGAAUGAGUGUAGAGCCCAGCUUUAAAAUGUAUCUUUACAAAAUGACAUAAUAAACAUGUAUUAAGCCUC